AUGACCUCGACGAGUUCCAACUUUGCGCUCUGUCAGCGCUCGAACACGCGCGCGUGGGGCGCUCAAACGCGCGCGCGAUUGACGUGCGGACGCGUGCGAACGCGAGCGAGCGCGCCGCCCGCGGAAGUCGAUCGAGGCGACGAGGAGGAAGAGUUCACGAUCGCAUCGACGUCGGAGAGACUGGAGACGCUUCUGAGCAAGGCGACGCAGUCUACGGUGAGCGUGCGAGACAUCGAGGACUUUUAUCCGUACAACCUGGACGUUUUCCAAAUUGAUGCGACAAAAGUCCUUCUCAAGGGCUCGUCCGUCGUCGUCUCGGCGCCCACGGGGAGUGGGAAGACUUUGGUAGGCGAGACAGCCAUCUUGACCGCUUUGGCUCGCGGAGAAAAGGCCAUUUACACGACGCCAUUGAAGGCGCUUUCCAAUCAAAAAUUGAGAGAGUUUCAAAAGAUAUUUGGAAAGAGGAGGUGUGGUUUAAAAACUGGAGACGUCGAUAUCAACGGCGAUGCGGACGUGAUGAUCAUGACGACGGAAAUUUUAAGGAAUAUGUUGUACUCUAGCGCUGCAGGCGGUCGUGACGAUGACAGGUUGUCUGACGUGAGCAUCAUCGUCCUUGACGAGGUCCAUUAUCUUUCUGACCCUGGCAGAGGAACGGUUUGGGAAGAAACUAUUAUAUACUGCCCUUCUCGGAUCCAACUUCUUUGCCUGUCAGCCACGGUGGGCAAUCCAGAGGAUUUGUCUGGCUGGAUAGAGGAAGUUCACGGGCCGUGCGACACAAUCGUUUCAUCGUAUCGACCAGUUCCGCUCACCUGGCAGUAUAGUAUGAAACCAUCGCGAUUGUAUCCUGGGCUCGGACCUCUUCUGAAUUUCAAGGGUACCAAGCUUCAUCACGAUCUUCGUCCUUUCACGCGAGAAGGACUCCAGCAGAGGAACGACAACUGGGAGGAUGGUUUUGGCAGGCAGGGACCAUCUUCUCGUGAAUCUGAGCGCAUUCUUAGGCGCCGUUUCGUUCCGCACGUCGAAACAACGGUCCAGCAGCUCAUCGCUAGCGAUAUGAUUCCGGCUGUGUGGUUUAUUUUCAGUCGUAAAGGUUGCGAUCAAUCUGUUGACUAUCUCAUGCAGGCGGGUGGGAAUUUAGUCACGCGCGCCGAACGAGAGCAGAUCGACGUCGCGUUAGAAGAAUUCUCCAAGGAUAACAAGUCGGCUAUACGAACCGCCAUGAUUGAACCGCUUCGGCGCGGCGUGGCUUCCCAUCACGCCGGCUUACUGCCCGCGUGGAAAGGGUUGGUGGAGAAGCUUUUCCAGCGAGGCUUGAUCAAGGUUGUUUUCGCGACAGAAACGCUUGCGGCGGGGGUCAAUAUGCCAGCGCGAUGCUCGGUCCUCAGCGCUCUUUCUAAGCGUGACGAUCAGGGUCCACGUCUGCUGACCUCUAAUGAAUUCAUGCAGAUGGCUGGGCGAGCUGGGCGACGAGGAUUCGACACAGUCGGGCAUGUUGUUUGUUGUCAGUCACCGUUUGAGGGACCAGACGAAGCUUUCGAGCUCGUCAUAUCCCCACCAGAAAACCUCAAGUCGCAGUUUUCGAUAUCUUACGGUAUGGUAUUGAAUUUACUUCAAGGAAGAUCGCUCAAGCAAGUUCAAGGCAUUGUGGAGAGAAGUUUUGGUAAUUAUCUUGGUGGAAAGGCUCGAUCAGUUCGUGAACGCGAACUUCAUCGUGUCGACGUUCAAAUCGGGAAGUUGGCAAAACAAAUCGAGGAUACAAACGACGAUGAAGACGCGGCUGAUUGGAAACGUUUCGUCAAGUUAGAUGAGCGACUGAAAGAAGAAAAGCGCUUAUUGAAGAUCCUGUUCCGUCAAGAAGCUGAAAUGCAGGCAAUCGAAAUUCGCGAAACAAUUCAAAACAGACUCAAGCAGAGCGGCGGUCCCGUCGUCGUGAACAUCGAUGUGGGAGAUAAUACACUCAUACGUCGUAAAGAACGCCGUUCGGCGACGAUCGCUUUGUUUGAGGACGACUUGCUGAAGGUUGAAGGCCAAGACUUCGCCGGCGAAUGGAGAUUGCAAGAUAUUGAUAGCGAUGACGCACCGUCGUUGGAUGAGCUAUUCGGUGACGAAUCCGAAGACGACAAACAGCGUUCCGAUAGCGAUGAUUUUAUGCAGUCUGUCGACGAUAUGGCAGAUGUCACUCCGCGACGCCUGAUUACCGCAGCGAUUGUUGAAGCUGUUCCAUCGUCAAAAAUUGCUCCGACCGCAAGUGCCAUCGGGAAGCCAUAUCCAAUGGGCGAAUUCUCGGCUUUAGGAAGCGACGGGGCCUGGUAUAGAUUCUAUUCUGAUAGAAUUAAGUCGAUCGGCGUCGGCACCACUGCGCUGCGGUCGGAAGAUAUCGCGGAUGCGGGAUCGCCUCCGUCGUCGAGCAGUCUUCGAUGGAUUCGAGCGAGUGGGGGAGGCUUGUGGAAAGCGGAUGUGCCGAAGAAGGGAAAGAGGGUGGCCGAUCGUGUCCUCGAAGGUGCUGACAGUUUAUUGGAUGCGAUUCAGUCUUCAGAAUCGACGGAGUACAUCAAUGCGCAAAAACUUCAAAUUCAACGCACGCGGGAGGAGAUAAAUAGUCUGAAAAAUGUCGCAGAAUUGCGCAGCACAGCGAAACAACAGAAAAAACGUGAAGAGAAACUGAAAAAGCUCAAAACUAAACGCGACAGUAUUGAGCGACGCAUCAAAGAGUAUUCCGCCGCCGGUUGGGAAGAGUUUCUUCGCGUUGUCGAUAUCCUUGUCGAGUGCGGCGCGUUAGAGUCAGAGUCUCUCAAACUGUUGGAAUUUGGAGAGAUUUGUGCUGACCUCAGGGGUGAAAAUGAGCUCUGGCUCGGAAUGGCGAUGUCUUCCCCUCUCGUCGCGGAACUUGACGUUGCCACUUUAGCCGGUUUCGCUGGUGCGCUGUGCAUGGAUAAUCGCCCGGCUACGUGCUUCUACAAUCCUUCACAGAACUUGGUCGAAGCGAUUGAACAUGUCGAACCGGCGAUGGGCGAUUUGCAGUAUCUCCAGUCGACCACACGAGUCGACGUGCCGAUCAGUUUGAGUUAUGAAGUCGCUGCUUUGGUAGAAUCGUGGGCCAGUGGUACGUCGUGGGACCAGAUUCGUAACGACACGUCCCUGGAUGAGGGCGAUAUUGCAAGACUCUUCCGGCGGACAGCAGAACUCCUCGCGCAAAUCCCACGCGUUCCGCACCUUCCGCAGAAUCUGAAGACGACCGCGAAGAAGGCGAACGAUGUCGUGAAUAGGCCACCCAUCAGUGAUCUUUCGUGA